GAGAAUCUCCUUUGACUCAAGUACCAACAUUAUCAUUCAUGAUGGAAAAUCAAUCAAUCUUCUCAUUUUUUUUCUCUCUUCUUUUAAAUGCUUCUUUAACCACAGAACACAAAACACAACACAUGGUAUAUAUACUCUCCUAAAAACCCCAAGAAUACUCUCUCAAAUUCUAAAGAAUCCCAAUACAACUUGUCUACCUCACAUGCCAUAUUUCAUAUAUAUAUAUAUAUAUAUAUAUGGAGGGUGGGGACUGAUGAGAAGACUUGGCUCCUAAAAAAGAAAUGUGGAGUGGUUUUGGAGGAGGUGAAGAGGCAAAAUAGUAAUGGGAAAGUUCAAAAGGGUGUGUGUGUACUGUGGAAGCAAUUCAGGGAACAGAAAGAUAUUCAGUGAUGCAGCUCUUGAUCUUGGAAGAGAAAUGGUUGAGAGGAGGAUGGAUCUCAUCUAUGGAGGAGGGAGUGUUGGGCUAAUGGGUUUGGUUUCUCAGAAGGUCUAUGAUGGUGGCUGCCAUGUUCUUGGAGUGAUUCCAAGGGCUCUGGUUCCAAUAGAGAUAUCAGGGCAUGCGGUUGGGCAAGUGGUGAUUGUUUCUGACAUGCAUGAAAGAAAGGCAGAAAUGGCUUCUAGGGCUGAUGCCUUCAUUGCACUUCCUGGUGGGUAUGGAACAAUGGAGGAACUCCUUGAGGUGAUAGCAUGGGCUCAGCUUGGGAUCCAUGAUAAGCCAGUGGGUCUCCUAAAUGUAGAUGGCUACUAUGAUUGCUUGCUUGGGUUAUUUGACAAAGGUGUAGAAGAGGGAUUCAUUAAGCCAUCAGCUAGAAGCAUUGUAGUCUCUGCAAAAACUGCUAGAGAGCUGAUACAGAAGAUGGAGGAUUACAUACCUUUUCAUGAUCAAGUGGCACCAACUCAAAGCUGGAAUGCAGGAGAACCCAACGCCACGAACUCAUAGCUACUGCUUUUCUUUGAUCCUGAGAGGAAGAGGAAAUUUCUUGUCGUAAUAUAACAUUUAUAAAUCAUUUGUGACAUGGGUCAUGCGAUUGAACAAAUUUUAUACAAGAAAAUGAUGCAUUUUAGAGAA